AUGGAGAAUGCCGACCAUGCAGAGCAGCAGUUAAAAGAAGAACUGAUACAGCGGUAUGGCAAAGCAAAAUUCACAAAACACGAGCCUUGGCAAUGGAAUCAAGAACACAGGGAGCUCCUUCCUUCCUACCAUUACCAGAAACCCUCAACACUCCGUGAAUACUGGGACGAAAUAACUAUAGGGAUAAAUGGUUAUAUGCCAGUUCAAGAGCUGAAUAAUCGAUGGGAGGCUCGCUGGCGCCGGAACAUUAGUGGCUUGAAGACUGAGAAGUGUCGGUACGAUCGAGUUGAAGAGCUCAUUCGCAAGCUCAAAUCGCGAGAUAAUUGGACCAUGGAUCUAGUCUGGCGUUUCUUGGACGACUGUUUUCACAUACCGAACAAAGAUGUCUGCUAUUUACGGACUACAAGAAGCUUCAUUACUUACAUUCAGAAGAAAGAUGGCUCAGGGAUGAACGAGAUCCUCUCUGCUGCAAAUUCAUAUCCAUAA